UGCGCAUGCGCGCCCUUUCGGUGGGCGCCGGGCCCGUGGGGCUCUUAAAGGCGCCGCGUCCCGGUACCGAUCCCCUCCCCCAGUACCGCGAUGGAAGCGGCGGCCACAGCGGUGGCCCCGGGCUGGCGCUGCCGCCCGGGGGGACGGCUGGAUAUGAGCCACGGCUUCGUGCGACACAUCCGCCGCAACCAGCUCGCUAGGGACGCGUACGACCGCGCGGUGCGGCAGGCGCGGGGCCGAGCGCGGACGCGGCUGACUCCCGCCCCGGCGCGGCCCCGGCGGCCCGAUCAGCAGGUGUACCGGCCUCACCGGGGCGGCGGGGGGCCCAGGGGCGACGCCAGCGCGGGCCCCCCCCCCGACAGCCGCGGGGCCCCCCAAGACCCCUCCCGCGGGCCGCGGCUCUUCUGCCUCGAGUACGAGGGGGACGACGGGCAGGUCACGGCCGUCAUCGUGCACCAGGGGGACAGCGCUGAGGAGGUGACACGCCAGGUGUGUGCCCAGAGCCCGCUGGAGCCUCCCCUGCGCAGGGCCCUGUGCCAGCGCGUGCAGGACGAGCUCAGCAAGCGCCGGGGCACUGGGUGAUGCUGCCACACACCCCCGGACACUGCCACCCCCAUGGGACUGGUGUCACCCCAGGGUCUGAUGCCAUCUCCCCGGUGUCAAUAAAGGUGCUGCGAGGC